AUGGUUGGUAACCCAACCUUUAAGAAUUCUAACAAUUCUCUGUCUUUUUUCUCCUUGCUCAAAGGUUUUGGCAUAAAUAUUCACCUUCGUAAGCAAAUUUUCAUGGUUGAAGUCCUUUGGUGUCCUCCGGCUAGGGGGUGGAUAAAAUGUAACAUUCACGGUGUGCCGGUUGGUUCGCCCUUGCUUGCUACUUGUGGUGGCCUCAACCGUGAUGAACACGCAAACCACUUACUUAGCUUUUGUGUUUUUUUGGAGGCUGGAACUCCGGUAUUUGUUGAAUUCAUGGCAGCAAUCAUAGCGAUUGAAAAGGCCAAACGAAUGCAGUGGUCUAAGUUAUGGCUCAAAACUGAUUGUAUUUUGGUUGUGAAGGCUUUUUCGAAUCCUAAUCUGGUGCCGUGGAAAAUCAAAUCAAGUUGGCUUUCGUGUUGGGCUUACACUAUUAACAUUGGGUUCAUGAUCACUCAUAUUUUUAGAGAAGUCAAUUUUUGUGCAGAUUUUUUGGCCAAUAUCGGUUUAAUGAGUAAAAGCUUCACUUGGUAUAAUUUUGAGCAUAGAGAUAUUACCGCGGAUUACUUGUUAGAUAAGGCGGGAACCCCUAUGCUUAGGCUUUGUUCAUAA